AUGGGAAAAUUUCUAAGGGCACUGUACCAACGCCUUGGGAUCAAACCCUCCUUCUCAUUGGCAUACCACCCUGAAUCAGACGGACAAACAGAAAGGGUGAACCAAUUCAUUGAGUUCUACCUCAGGUCUUACGUUGCCGCGGAUCACUCAGACUGGGCUACAUGGCUACCAUUAGCAGAAUAUGCUUACAAUAACGCCAGACAUGCCGCCACAGGAAAGACUCCUUUUGAAUUGGUCUAUGGAAGGAACCCGGUAAUGAAUCCAUCCAAUGUCCCAGCAAAUGUCCUGGAAGCAGACCAAGUAGCUGAUACCCUGGCACAAGAAUGGCAAGAAGCGGAGUCAGCACUAAGGAUGACAAAGGAACGCAUGGCAGGAGCAAAAGGGAUAAUACCAGAAUACUCUGUAGGCAAGAAGGUUUGGUUGGAUGGGAAGAACGUAGAGCUCAGAACAAACUCUAACAAGUUGGACCCCAAACAACUAGGACCGUUCAAAAUCACAGAAAAAAUCUCCAGCCACACGUACCGCCUUGACCUACUGGAAUCUCUGAGAAUCCACAAUGUGUUCUACGUAGGGUUAUUAUCCAAGGCACAUGAAUCCCCAAGACAGCCAUUCCCAGAAUGCCCCCCACCUGAAACAAUAGAAGGGGAGGAAGAAUACAAGGUUGAACAGAUCAUCAACUCCAAACAACAACAGGGAAAAUGGUUCUACUUGGUAAAAUGGAAGGGAUACGGCCUGGAAGACAACUCCUGGGAACCCAAGGAACUGUUGGAAAAUAGCCAAGAAGAGAUCAAGCAAUUUAACCAAGCAAGACUCAGAAAGGCUUGUGACGCCGCCAAGAGCCUUUAA